AUGUCUUCGACAGAUUCUGACGAGCACGAUGAAGAAACAGUUAGAUUUAUACAACAAUUAGCUCAUACCGAUGGCAAAUUAAGAUCACCAAUCGAUUUGAACAUCAGCUAUAUGAAAGUCGUGAAUCUAAAUCCUAUACAGUGGUUCAAUUAUAAUGUCACGCCAAAAAAAUUAAAACUCACCAACACUGGGUACACUGCUAUGCUUAGUGCAACAUGGCGUGAAGAAGAGCCGUAUUUGUAUGGCGGUCCUUUCGUCGACAGUUAUAUCUUUUCGCAGCUUCAUUUCCAUUGGGGUAAGACUGAUAUGGACGGUAGCGACCAUUAUGUCGACGGUGGAAGCAUGCCAAUGGAACUGCACGCGGUACAUUAUAAGAGUGAUUAUGGAACUCAAUUCACGGCUCUUCGACAUCACGACGGUAUCACUAUAUUGGUAUACUUAUUCCAGCUGCAGGCAGCUCCUAAUCCGGUUCUGGAUGAUAUCAUAAAUACGUUACCCUUUAUCCAAGCAGCUCAGUCUUCCAUUCGUUUAAUACCUUUCUCUAUAACAAAUAUUGUGCGAUGCUUUCAACGUGAUUACUUCGUUUAUUGGGGUUCUUUAACCAUGACAAAUAUCAGAAAUAGUGUACUUUGGUUAAUAAGCAGAGAACCGUUAGGAAUAUCCAUUGAUCAAAUUGCGGAGUUUCGCACGCUAUGCGAUAAACGCAAAAUGCCGAUUUUGACAAAUCGUCAGCCGUUGCAGGAUAGAGGUAAUAGAAACGUUUUCCACGUAUGUCCUAGCGGAUCCAGAUAUGCUACGCUUCUGCCAAUUUCACGUAAUAUCAAUGAUAAAUAUAUUCGUAAAGAUAAUGUCGAUAGCAGUGAUAAACAAUAA